GCCGCAUGAUGUCUUGGCGACACUUUUAAACAAUUUGAAAGUCCAAGAACGUCAGAAUCGCGUUUGUACCACUGUUGCCAUCGCCAUCGUUGCUGAGACAUGUAGCCCUUUUACUGUUUUACCUGCAUUGAUGAAUGAAUACAGAGUGCCUGAAUUAAACGUGCAGAACGGAGUGUUGAAAUCUUUGUCGUUCUUAUUCGAAUAUAUCGGCGAGAUGGGUAAAGAUUAUAUUUACGCGGUCAGUCCAUUAUUGGAAGAUGCACUUAUGGACAGGGACCUGGUACACAGGCAGACUGCAUGCGCUGCCAUUAAGCACAUGGCAUUGGGUGUUUACGGUUUUGGAUGUGAAGAUGCGUUAAUACAUUUGCUGAAUCACGUGUGGCCCAAUGUUUUUGAGACGUCGCCGCAUUUGGUACAAGCGUUUAUGGAUGCUGUAGACGGACUGCGCGUUGCGCUUGGACCAAUCAAGAUUUUGCAGUACACGCUGCAAGGAUUAUUUCAUCCAGCUCGUAAAGUGCGCGACGUCUAUUGGAAGAUUUACAAUUCCCUUUACAUCGGCG